AUGCUCAAAUUCAACCAAGAUGCUUUGUUUUUAUUUAAAAAUCUUUCAAAAAAAAUUCUUUGUGAGUUGACAUUAAACUCAAUGUGUGAUGAUAAUACAUUAAGCCUACUAUCACAGCUUUCUCUCCAAGAACUCAAUAUUAUGAGUUGUACAGCAAAGGAGGAAAGCAUUAUCAAAGGACUUUGUGGAUUACCAUUGUGCACAGCUCAUGACGUGCUGAACUCAGUUGCUCAUGGUGAUUUUCGGUUACACAAAUUAUCCCCUUUAAGAAAAUCUCUAUGUAGAUUUUCUAUUUCUGUCCGCGUUGUACAAAACUUGGUGUACCAUGCAAUCUUGUUUAUAUUCCCUAAUUUGCAUAAGUAUAAUCCCCACAUCAAUAUAAUUCAAUGUAUUCAACACUAUGCAAAGGCUUGCCAGUACCUCACCACAUGCAACUCAUGUUAUAAUCUACCCACUCUGAAGCUAGAAAGAAUAAACAUGGGCCGUGUCAGCAAAAAUGAGAUACUAGAAAUAAGUGAAGUCUGUCCAAAUGUCAGAGAAAUAUCAGUAAUUGUUGAGCUCAACUGCAGGGAAACACUGUGUGCACUACAAAUAUGUAAACUACUUACUCACAUUGAACUUGCUUAUUACCCAUCUUUUUCUUCAUCUAUUCCAAAAAUAAAUGGAGAAGAACUCAUCCCCAUCAUCAAGAAAUUUAAGCAACAGAUACAACAUUUAAGUCUCACUGGCUUUAACAUUAACAGUACAGUGCUACAUGAGUUAUCUCAGUUACCAGUGUUAAAAUCAUUGGAACUUCACAACUCUUGGUUGUCAAACCAACAAACUUGCCCUCAGAAACCUUUUCCAUGUCUUGAAAAUCUCACUCUGCAGUUUCUUCCUCCUCAAUACACAAUGCAGCUCUUUACUGCUAGCUCAAAUUUAGUCAAAUUAAGCUUUGACAAUAUUGCUUCUGACUGGGAGGGAAAUUACCUCACAGAUGCACAUAUAAAACACCUAGUAACUUCAGGAAUGAUCAGUUCGGUUCAGUCAUUUUCAGCAUCUUCCCCCUUCCUGACCCUUUCCUCUAUCAAGUUUUUGUCAUUUCUUCCAUUUUUGAGAAACAUUAGUCAUGUUGCCCACUGGGGUUUAACACUAGAAGAAUUAAGCUGUCUAAAUCACUGUAACCCAUCUCGGGUACAAUGUAUACCUUGACUCAAUGCAUUCUAGUUCUAAAAGGUCAAUAAACUGUACAUUUUAAUAGUUUUCUUAUGAAUGAAUUAAACAAUGAAUGCAGAAAAGUGGUGAUGAGAAUAAGUGAAGUAUUAUACAUAAAAAGAUUAGAGGAUAGAGUGAAGGAAAGGCUUAUGAAGGAAUUAAAUGUACAGUGGACCCCCGGUUAACGAUUUUAAUCCGUGCAAGAGGGCUCAUCGUUAUGCGAAAUAAUCGUUAUGCGAAUGAAUUUUCCCCAUAAGAAAUAAUGGAAAUCAAAUUAAUCCGUGCAAGACGCCCAAAAGUAUGAAAAAAUUUUUUUUUUACCACAUGAAAUGUUAAUUUUAAUACACACAAACUGAAAAAAGGCAUGCACAAUUAAAUGACACUUACUUUUAUUGAAGAUCUGGUGAUGAUUGAUUUGGGAUGGGAGGAGGGGAGAGCAUUAUCUUCUUACUGUUUAGAAGGGGAAUCCCCUUCCAUUACGACUUGAGGUAGCAAGUCCUUUUCCGGGGUUACUUCCCUUCUUCUUUUAAUGCCACUAGGACCAGCUUGAGAGUCACUGGACCUCUGUCGCACAACAAAUCUGUCCAUAGAGCUCUGUACCUCCCGUUCCUUUACGAUUUGUCUAAAAUGGGCCACAACAUUGUCAUUGAAAUAGUCACCAGCACGGCUUGCAACAGCUGUGUCAGGGUGAUUUUCAUCUAUAAAGGUUUGCAGUUCAACCCACUGUGCACACAUUUCCUUAAUCUUUGAAGUAGGCACAAUGGAUUCCACAACUGGCAUAGGCUUCUCAGGGUUAGCCCCAAACCCUUCAAAAUCUUCUUAAUUUCCAUACUAAUUCUCACCCUUUUUACCACAGGGUUGGCACUAGAAGCUUUCUUGGGGCCCAUGGUCACUUAUUUUCCAGAAACAGCACCGAAAACACUGUAAUAAUACGAAAUAUUCCGAGUGUAUGCUUGGAUGUUACCGCGGAGGCUGGCUGGUAAACAAUGGGACGGCCGGCACAUGUGAGGCUGGCUGAGGGCACAUUGGACGCGUCUCGGACGAAAAUCGGUAAGCGGGUUUUUAAUCGGUAUGCGCGGCAAAAAUUUUGCGAUAAAAGUAAUCGGUAUGCGGAAAAAUCGCUAUGUGAUGCCAUCGUUAUGCGGGGGUCCACUGUACGUAUUUAGAUUCUUGGCAGUGGAUGUAUCAACAGAUGAGUCUAUAAGGAAUGAGGUAAAUAACAGAACAGAUGAGGGGAUAGAAAAGUGCUGAAUAUUGAGAAUCUGUGCUAGUAAAGAUAGUUACCACUUUUGUUUGGUUGUGAAACAAUGUAACAAAAUUUUUGAGUCUGAUAUCAAUUAUGGUAUUUGUGCCUGGGGAUCAACCACAGCCAACCACCUUAAACCUUUAAUAGCCCAACAAGAAGUUGCAGUGCGGAUGAUUACCAGCUCCAUUACCAUUGGGCCCGUAGAUCUGAAAUUCACUACCUGAACUGGUAAAGGAUCCCCUGACUGCUUACUAAUUUAGGACUUUGCUUAAAAAUCAUCUCAUCUCUCAAUACUAACCAAACCAACCAAAACAACUUCUAAUCAGUUAUUAUAUGACCUCUAGUUUAUUAAACAUCUGCCAAUCUAUGAAAUAUUACUGCCUGAACCAUUAAUUAUAAUAGUUUUUAUCAUGGGCAACUUCAAAGAUUAUUAUUCUUAUCAACCUCCACCUUGACUACCUCACAUUAGUAUUAAGAUUAAAUAAUGAUUUUAAUAAAAGUUAACCACUCUUAUCUUGUCUAGAUUUAAGUUGUUAUUACAUAUUAGGAUUAGUCUGCUCAAAAUGCCCCAGCAUGAUAGUGGCUUUCUUUGUAAUUAGCAAACCAAAAUUGUAAUUACACAUUCUAACCUUUAUUCUUUAAUGUGGUGUGCAUAUUAUGAUGAGAGUAAGGAAUAAAUUGUAAAUCAGUGUGCUGUUAUGAAAGAUAUUCAAUACUGUAUUGCAAGAGUUGAUUAUUAUUAUUAUUAUUAUUAUAAUCAAAAAGAAGCGCUAAGCCACAAGGGCUAUACAGCGCAAGAGCUGAUGAGGGCUUUGAAAAUGGGAUGGUUGUAAAGAAAGAAUUGUGAAAGAUGGGUUAAAAAAAUUAUAUAAAUCUGGGGUGGAGGAAGAUGCAAUAAGGAAUGUUUGAUGAAUGGCUGGAAACAGAGCUUUGAAACAGUUUGGCAGGGUAGGGGUCAUCUAAGAAAGGAUGGAGGAAGUAAAGGAGGUUUAGUGGAAAAGGGGUUUGGACAUGCAGCAGGCAUAUACGAGCAUGUUAGCUAGGAGUGGAGAAAAUGGCUUUUGGGACCUGACAAGCUGUUAAAGUGUGAACAAGGUGAGGGGAUUCGGGAAAACUGGUUAGCAGACUUGAGUCCUAAAGGUGGAAAGUGCCUGCACUUUGAAGAGGUUUGAGAUAUUUGCUGUUUGGAGGAACAUCUGAAUGGUUGUAUCUGUCCACCUCUGGCAAGACAGUGACAUUGUGAGUAUUGUUUUCUGCAGCCCAUUUAAAGACUUGGUUAAUGUCCGCUUGGAGAUUUGCAGUGUCCUUGAUGGACAACACUGUCAUGCAAAUUCUGGUAUCAUCAGCAAGGGAGGACACGGUGCUGUGGCUUACAUCUCUGUCUGUAUCAGAUAUGAGGAUAUGUGGAACAGAGCUUUUCACUGUGGCCACCUCUGACUUUACUCUGUUUACUAAUACUCUUUGUGUUCUAUUUGUUAGAAAGUUAUAGAUCUAUCUACCAACUUUUCCUGUUAUUCCUUUAUCACACAUUUUGUGUGCUAUUACACCACGAUCACUUGCCGCAGGCUUCUGCAGUCUGUGUAUACUACAUCUUCAUUAUGCUUGUUUUCCAGUGCAUCCAGGACCAUGUCUUAGUGAUCCAGUAGUUGUGAGAAGUAAGAGCGACUUGCUCUAAACCCAUGCUGCCCUGUGUUGUGCAACUGAUGGAUAUCCAAGUAGUUGGCAAUUUUGCUUCUUAGAACCCUUUCAAAGAUUUUUAUGAUUUGGGACAUUAGUGCUAUCGGUCUGUAAUUCUUUGCAGUUGCUCUACUGUCACCUUUGCGGAAUAGGGCUAUAUCUGUUGUUUUUAGUGACUGUGGGAUGACCCUUGUGUCCAUGCUCCCUCUCCAUAGAAUAUUUAAGACACAUGAAAGGGGUUUCUUGCAGCUCUUGAUAAACACAGAGUUCCAUGAGUCUGUGCCUGGGCAGAGUGCAUGGGCAUUUCAUUUAUCGUAUUUUCAAAGCCCUGUGGUGUUAGGACUGUAUCAGAAAUUCUUGAAUUAACCAAAUUUUUAGUCUUGGUCAUAAAAAAAAUCAUUUAGAAUAUCGACCCUUAGAUUGAUUAACAGCUCACUAAUGCUGAGUCAUACUGGGACUUUAGUAUCUCACUUAUUUCUUUGCUGUUAUCUGGGUAAGUCCCAUCUCAUUUUUGCAGGGGCCCAAUACUGGAUGCUCUAGAGGUUUUUUUUUCCAUUUAUGGCUGUGUUUCUUGGAUCCUGUAUGAUUCCUUAAGCUUAAGUUUGAUAUUUUCUAUUUCUCUGGCCAGUGCUUCCUUCCUUAUUUCAGAUACAUUGGUCCCUUGCAGCAGCUCUGUGAUUCUUUGCCUUUGCCUAUAGAGGGAGCAUCUCUCUCUUUCUAGUAUACAUCAUCUCUUCUUUUUUCUUAGGGAAAUGUGCCUUGAGCAUACCUCAAGUGCCACAAAGUUCAUUCUUUCUAGGCAAAGGUUCAGAUCUGCGUUGUUUAGGAUAUCUUCCCAGCCUGUUUCAUUUAAGACUGUGUUUCUAUUAUCAAAGUUGAAUUUGGUGAAAGCACCCUUAUAAAUGAUCGCAUUUUGAAGGUCAGGAGCCUUGUAUAUACAUGUCUGUACUUCUGUUAUGUUGUGAUUUGAGUGUAUUGUCUUUAGUACUCUUAUAUUUCAUCCCAGAUCAUUAUUAGUGAAGAUAAGGUCAAGUGUAUUUUCCUGUCAUAUUGACUCCAUUGUUUGCUGGCUUAAGGUGAAUUUGAUGCAGAUAGUUAAUAGCUCAAAUGUGUCCGAAUUUUCAUCUGAUGCAAUUAAACAAAUGCUCGAACCGCUAUAUGCAGUGCUUGAAAAAAUUAAUAUCCUCUGUGGCUCUUCAUAGACCUGCAGAAAGCAUUUGAUACAGUGGACCACAAUAUCUCCUCCUUCAACUAGAACACUAUGGUGUCAGAGGACAUACUCUGAAUAACUAAAAUCUUACCUUAGCAAUAGUCACCACUGUGUCUCCACAAACAGUGUAACUUUGACUACUCAGCCUGUAGCCGUGAAGUGCCACAGGGUAAUUAAUGUCCUUGGCCCUCUGCUCUUUUUCGUGUACAUCAGUGAUCUUCCCACCACAUCUCAUCUCCUUAAACCAGUUCUAUUCACAGAUGACACUACUUAUGACUCCUCGCAUUCAAACACGGCUAUGCUUAGUGACACUGUUAAUGAUGAGCUACUAAAAAUUUCUACAUAGAUGAUGACCAACAAACUCACUCUCAAUAUGGACAAAACAUACUACAUGCUGUUUGGAAACAGAGCCUUAAAUAUCCAACUUAUCAUACUGUGCAAUGGUUCCCCCAUUACAGACACACUGAGGGCAAAUUUUUAGGUCAUCUUGACUGCAACCUUAAACUUCAGAUCCACAUCCAACAUAGCCAAGAAGGUCUCCAAAACACUAGGCAUACUUUCUAAAAUACUGUACUAUGUACCCUAAAUGGCACUACUUGCACUAUACCACUCUCUAACCUACCCUUAUCUCACCUAUGGUAUUUGUACUUGGGGAUCUACUAUGACCAAUCACCUUAAACCAUUAAUAACCCAACAAAAAGCUGAUGGGCAGAUGAUCAACUAAUGUGAUAGACAACACACCCCUCCACUCUUCAAGAGUUUGAACUUACUUAAUGUACAAAAUAUACACUCAUAUUACUGUGCCUACUAUAUAUAUAUAAAACAUUAAACCCAAAUAUAAACCCUCCUCUCAAACUUCUACUUGAUAGCUACAACAGAACACACAGGCACAACACAAUGCAUAAAAUUCUCUUUGGCAUCCCUCAUGUCCAUCUCACCCUAUGCAAAAAUGCAAUGCACAUAAAGGGCCCCAAGAUCUGGGAUUCAUUGCCCAAACCAGCAAAAGGUCCCCUGUCUGCCAAUCAAUCUAGGCACCCACAAACUAAAAAAACUAGGGAUAUUGUCCUAACUAAACCGAAUGAAGCCCAACAACAGCCUAUUGAUACAGUUAGCAAGAUAAAUGACUUUUUUUCAACCACAGGAUCAGAUCUCGCCAGUAAUAUCCCAGGUACCAACACCCGAGCAAGCAAUUACUUAGAUAGGAAUUUCUCAACCUCCUAUCUUGCACCAACCGAGCCCACAGAAAUCACUAGGAUUAUUAAAUCACUUAAAAGUAAAUCAGGAAAUCUGGCUCAACUUCGUCUAUUAUUGUACAAAUGAGCGGCUCAUGUUCUCUCACCUGUUAUUUCAUUACUCUUUAACAAAUCACUAGAAACCGGUACUUUCCCAGCACUACUCAAUAUACAAAGGUGGUGACCCCACAGAUGUAAACAACUACAGGCCAAUUUCAAACUUACCAUUGCUAUCCAAAAUCUUCAAGAAACUUAUACACAAGAGAUUAUAUUCCUUUAUAACAGUGCAAAGCAUCGUCAACCCCUGCCAAUUUGGCUUCAUAAAAAACAAGAGCACAACCGACACAAUUGUGAAAAUGCUAGACCUGCUUUACACUGCACUUGAAAAAAUGAAUUUCCAUUAGGACUCUUUAUCGACCUACGGAAAGCAUUUGAUACAGUAGACCACAGCAUCUUACUCCACAAACUUGAGCAUUAUGGCAUAAGAGGCCAUGCACUUACAUAUUUUAAAUCCUACCUAACAAACAGGCAGCAAUAUGUCUCUAUUAAGGACACAACCUCCUCAAUAAGACCACUGGAUAUUGGAGUACCACAGGAAAGUGUUCUUGGUCCCUUGCUCUUCCUCUUAUACAUCAAUGAUCUACCUACUGUUUCACAACACCUUAAGCCUAUUCUCUUUGCUGACAAUACGACGUAUGUCAUCUCCCACCCUAAUCUUGCCUUGCUUAACACUAUUGUUAAUGAAGAACUACAGGUCUCCCUCAACAUUCGCGAGGGUUAGGGGAUCAAGAACCUCGCGAAUGUUGAAAAAUCGCAAAUGUUUGGUGCCCCAAUAUAUUGUAGGGAAAUAUAAUACAAUACUGCUUCCUUAACCUAUUGAACCAUGAACAAUCAUAAAAUACAUGAAAACAUCAUAAAAUAUUAUACUACAGGUUUAAUAACAUGUAUGUUAUUAAAUAACACUGCCUCAACUACUGCCUCAACCACUGCCUCUACCACUGCCUCAACCACUGUGGCGCACUGCCUCGUAUUUUUGUACAAUUUCUUUUUUCAAGUCUGUCGUGUUUCUCAAUUUCUUUACCAAAGGGCUGGCACUAGCAAGUUGCUUUGGGCCCAUGGUUAAUUGUGUAGCAGUUGCACUCAAUCUACAAGCACCAAACACAAUGAAUUAUUGUGAAAUGUUUGGAAGAGUGCAGAGGCUAAUGCUCACUCCAGCAUAAACAAAGCCACACUGACUUAUGAUGCCUCAACCACUGCCUCCACCACUGCUUCAACCCUCAUAUUAUUGUACAAUUUCCUUCUUCAAUUCUAUCAUAUUAUUAUUAUUAUUAUUAUUAUUUUUAUUAGUAGCAGUAGCAGAAAUGUUCAAGUCUUUGCCAUGUUCAAGAGUAAACAAAUGAUGUCACCAUCCAAUACCUGUCUGAAUGCCCAUUCCAAUAUGCAGUCAUGAAUGGGUUGAUAUUAUUUAUACUGUAGUUUAAUAGCAAAUAAUGAACAAACAAAACACUCACCACACUGAGCGAGUGGCAGGCGGGCUGGCCGCCAGUUGCGGGGGUCGGAGGGAGGGUAGUAGGGACAUGUGGGUGGCGGGAAACUUAAAUAUGAUUUGGCAGCUGGGAAUUCGCAAAUGUGUGAAGCCUGCAAAAGUUGAAAAUGCGAAUGUUGAGGGAGACCUGUAGUAAAAAUAUUGACCUGGAUGACUGCUAAUAAACUUACACUUAAUUCGUACUGACAAAACCUUCUACAUUCUGUUUGGGAACAGAACAGGUGCUGACCAGCUCAACAUAAUGAUCAACAACACUCCUAUUGCUAGACAUAAUAAGGGCAAAUUCCUGGGUCUGCACCUUGACAGCAACCUGAAAUUCAACACCCAUAUCCAACAAAUAUAAAAAAAAGUAUCCAAAACAGUUGGGAUCCUCUCCAAGAUACAUUACUACGUACCACAAUCAGCCUUACUCACACUAUACUAUUCAGUCAUCUAUCCCUACCUCACCUAUGCUAUUUGUGCAUGGGGAUCAACAACAGUAACUCACCUAAAGCCAAUAAUAACCCAACAGAAAGCCGCAGUAAGAAUUAUCACACAAUCCGGUGCAAGACAGCACACACCCCAACUCUUCAAAGACCUAAACCUACUCACCGUACAGAACAUUCACACCUACUAUUGUGCAAUAUACAUUUACAGAACCAUAAUCUCUAAUUUUAACCCGGAACUAAAACAAUUUAUUGAUAGUUGCAACAGGACCCCAUAGACACAACACCAGACAUAAAAAUCUCUGACAUUCCCCGUGUCUGGCUAAACCUAUACAAAAAUUUGAUGUAUAUAAGGGGGCCUAAAAUCUGGAACUUCCUGCCUGAAAAUUCUAAAGCCACAUACUCAAUCACCAUUUUCAAAACUACCAUUAUGAAACAUCUCAUCUCCCUAACACACUCCAUCAUCAGCUAACCAAAUGAAAACCACCCAGUUCUCUUUUUUAUAUCAUCAACAUAUCCAAAACUGACUCGUUAUCUGUAAUUCCCCCAUAAUUUACACCUACACCCACCCAAAUGACUGUAAACAUAUAAUCCCUAAUACAUGUAUAGCUAUUGCCUGACU